AUGCUUCAGCUCUACAUCUUCGGACGAGACGUGACACAGAUCCCGUGCUUCAGGAAUUCCUUCCUCUACGGGAUCGGCGGCGGGAUCGUCGCGGGCCUGGCCACCUUCCUGCUGACGAGCAGGAUAAAAUUAUCCUUUCAAGUUUCCAAUUAUGCAUUUUUUGGCACAACUCUCUCAUAC